AUGGCACCACCAAAACCGUCUGCUAAAGGAGCAAAGAAAGCCGCCAAGUCCCAGAAGCCCCGUGAUGGAGCCAUGAAGAGACACAACAAGAGAAAGGAGUCGUACUCGACCUACAUCUACCGUGUUCUCAAGCAAGUCCAUCCAGACACCGGAGUCUCGUCGAAGGCUAUGUCGAUCAUGAAUUCGUUCGUGAACGACGUUUUCGAGAGAAUCGCCGCUGAAGCUUCCCGAUUGGCCCACUACAACAAGAGAUCGACCAUCUCGUCUCGCGAAAUCCAAACCGCGGUCAGAUUGAUCUUGCCGGGAGAAUUGGCGAAACACGCCGUUUCGGAAGGAACCAAGGCUGUCACCAAGUACACCUCCAGCAAAACACCAAAAGGACCAGUGAAAAGACUUCAGUUCCCAGACAACACGAAGUGCGAACACAACCAGGAACCGUCACCAAAGAAGCCGAGGAAUACAGAAGAAGAGACGACAACACCGAAAAAGAAACCAAAAACGAAACUACGAUCACUGCUGAAGAGGAAAGAAAGGAAAGGUACCAACAAUAACAACGGAUACAUCAUUUACUAUGACAUCGGCAACCAACAACAACGGACUGGACAACUCCUUCACCCAGCCACCGGAGGAAAACAUGGACACUACUGGAUAUCCGUCGAUCCAACCCCAUGUGGCCAUUAG